UUUGCGCGUCGUUGAUUUGCGCUGCUUCGCUCUUCGCUCUAUAGUCUAUGGUUGCACUAUGGCUGCAGUAGCCACAACGGUAGUUGCGCGGUAUUGCGUGAUACUAUCGAAUUUUUAACAACUAUGGCUAAAGGUGAUAAAGAACUAGAAAAACCCAUUGUUAAUAAUGAAUUACCAAACCCGGAGUGUCGUAGUGCAGAUCAGGAAGACUCGGAAUCGACACAAGAACAGCCCCUUGACAUAGGAGAGCAUUACUUAGUGCGGCGUUCAGAUGAGUCAUGGCACCCGGCGGAGAUAAUCCAAACGCGGUACAACGCCGCGGACUCCGGCUUCGAAUACUAUGUGCACUAUGUGGGCUACGACCGAAGGCUCGACGAGUGGGUUUCCCGCCAUCGCGUCAUGUCCGAUAGGUUUGACAUGUGCGAGCAGUCGAAUAACAAUUUGAAUUCCGACCACCUGCUCACCGACAAGUCCGGCCGGAAGAUAACGCGGAAUCAGAAACGUAAACAUGACGAGAUCAACCACGUCCAGAAGUCCUAUGCAGAAAUGGACCCCACGACCGCUGCGCUCGAGAAGGAACAUGAAGCCAUCACGAAAGUCAAAUACAUCGACAAAAUUCAAAUAGGAAAGUACGAGAUCGAUACUUGGUAUUUUAGUCCUUAUCCUGAUGAAUAUGGCAAACAGUCUAAACUAUGGAUUUGCGAAUACUGCUUAAAAUAUAUGAGAAUGGAGAAAACAUACAGGUAUCAUCUAAGUGAGUGUACAGCAAGACAACCACAGGGCAGUGAAAUAUACAGAAAAGGUACCAUUGCAAUAUUUGAAGCAGAUGGGAAAGAGCAUAAGAUUUAUUGCCAGAAUCUAUGUUUACUAGCAAAGUUAUUUUUAGACCAUAAAACAUUGUAUUUUGAUAUAGAACAGUUCUUAUUCUACAUCCUGUGUGAGGUGGACAAGCAGGGUGCGCACUUAGUCGGAUACUUUUCUAAAGAGAAGGACUCCCCUGAAGGUAACAAUGUAGCUUGUAUACUAACCCUACCUCCGUACCAGAGACAAGGAUACGGCAAGCUUCUGAUCGCAUUUAGCUAUGAGCUCUCAAGACUAGAGCAAGUCGUUGGUAGUCCAGAGAAGCCCUUGUCAGACCUUGGCAAGCUCAGUUACCGAUCAUACUGGUCCUAUGUGCUGUUGGAAGUGUUGAGUGCAAGUCGGGGCACAUUGAGCAUCAAAGAUCUCAGUCAAAUGACAGGAAUAUCACAAACAGACAUUAUAUCUACACUCCAAUCUAUGAAUAUGGUGAAAUACUGGAAGGGUCAGCACGUGAUUUGUGUUACUCCAAAAAUAGUUGCAGAGCAGCUAGCAAGCUCUCAUUUCAAGAAGCCUCGGCUGUGUGUAGACCCGUCUGCAUUGAGGUGGGUCCCUCCGAACAAGCAGGGGCAUUCGGCUAAGGCUAAAAAGUAGUACAGGCUAACAGGCAGGGCCUAGAGAAGAUUACACCGUUAGUUGCUACCAAACAAUUCUCUAGGUACAGGCCUGUUCAACUUUAUUUUACAACUGCAUGCAGUGAGGACACUUGACUAGAGUAUUAGUAUUGAUAGCUUAUUAUGAAAAUAGUAAUUACGCAGUUACACUUACCCUGCAGCCUAAUUUUCAUACUAUGUUGCCAAUUCUUUAGUACUUAUAGAGAAAUUAUGUGAUUGAAUUUCUGCAUAACAUGCUAGUCUUUGAAGGCAUGUUUUAUAAACUUAUUGUUGCUAAGCUUGUAAAUUGGGAUGUGUGCUCAAGUUUUGAAAACUGAAAUGAAACCCUCAAAACACUACUUAAGGUUUUCUUUCCUGAAACUGACAGAUCACAUAGCGGAAUAUACAGGAUGAUUCAUGAGACGUGAGCAGGACUAAUCCUGCACACUCAGUAACUGAUAAUUGAUCGAUCACCGUCGUAUUUAGGAGAAACAACAACACUUUUUCCUAUUUUUUUACUUUUUGGUGAGGGCAAAUUUAAUUCUCAACAAUCAUGGUCACCCUACAUGACCUAAUUAAUCAACAUAAACCCUCUUUAACCGUAAUGGCAUUUUGAUUACGAAGAAAAUAGAAUGUCAAACUUGAGUGAGAUACGAGUUUUCAAAAGUAACCAGACCGUGAUGACAGUAAAGUGCAACAAUGUUGCUCUCUCUAUUAAUAUUUUUUCCCAUUCAAGACAAAAUAUUGCUCAGGCCUGACUCAUGCUAGAUGGCUGGCCAUAAUUAUAGCAAGUUUUAAUGUAAUUUAGUAUGGCCGAAGGGUAAGUGAUAUUGCACUGCAUUUUUGAUAUCCUUGAUAUAAUCCUAGUGAGGAUUUAUGUAUUAAUUAAAUAAGUGAUUCCAUUUUAGCCUCAAGGGCAAAAAAACCCAAAAAAUAUGUUAGUAAAUAUUUAAUUCAAUAAUUGCAGUUGAUGUGUAAAGUGUAUUUAAACUCUGUUAAAAGGUGAGAGUAAAAGAUUACUUGUUUUGAGUUUCGUGCAUAGUUUAGACGAUGAAACUUAUAGACAUAUAAAACUUAAAAGAAAGUAUUGAGCCUUGAUAAUAACACUUAAUAAUCAUAUUACAUAGAGUCCAUCUAAGUUUAAGUUAAGUGUAUACUCUUUUGAACUUUGCAUGUCUAUUAAUUUGGUGGUCUUUGGUGGCACUAGCAAGUAAGGGUUCUGUAAAUAUUGUAGUUGAUGUAAGCCAUAAUUAUCGGAUAAGAUAAGGAAAAAUAGUGACAACCAAGCCCAUUACAUUAUUGUAUAACUUGGCACUAAAAGUGCAUUUUUGUAAUUUAAUAUUUGUUUGCCAGUUUUUAGAGCCACCCCACACUGGCGUCUCCUGAGUGUCUGCGUCUAGUCAACUCUAUGGCUGCUGCUCGACGCAACGUUGGCGCAGCUGCGCAGCGACGCCAUUUUCCAUAACGCUGACUAGCAACUGCGCAGCAACCCCAUUUUCCAUAGCGCUGACUAAACGCCGACGCUCAAAAGACGCUAGUGUGGGGUGGCCCUUAUUGAAAUCUAGAUCUGAAGCAAUGUUGCUUUUAUUUCUCAUUCAGUUCCUGUACUGGUAAUAGUGAUAUUAAUCUUAAGUUGUUUAUUAAGUUUAAAAAAGCUUAGUAUUAAGUCCAAUAAUUUGGUGAUAUGUACAAAACAUUGACUUCUUCUUAAACAGUUCACAAUUUAAAUUAUGAUAUUAGGUUGUCAUAAAUGUGAAUCAAAUUUAGUAUUUAUAUAAGCAUUCAACUACUAUUACUACUACUGAACUAUCCAUUUCUAUAUCUUCUAUAGUUCCAAACUAGGUAUUUUAAAUAUAUCAGUUUAUGGUCACCCUAAAACAUGGACCACUAAAAAAUGUUGGCUUUUAAAAGUGUUUAAUUUAAAAUAGUUUACAGGGCCUUACAUGAAAUAAAAAAAAUAUAUAAUUUGUUUAACUCUUAACAAUGUUUACCGUUUAUGGUGUUAGGAUGGCCUUGAUAAUAUGAUCGUAAUUGUUUGGAAUGAACAUUAGUAACAUAACAAUCCUUUCAAAUAUCCACCUUAAUGACUGAGCAAAAAGAUACUAAUUUUAGUAGCAUUGAGUCAGUUUUUCUUCGUCUCAAAUCACUUCAGCUAUUCAUAACAUGAGAUUGAGAUUUAUAAGGUGAAUGACUUGUUACGUCACACCUUUAAAAUAUCUCUGGUCUGACGUGAGAUACCGAGGAAUUGCGUCAUCCUUGUAGCUGGGUCAAAACAUGUUUAAAAAUGGCGCCUACCUGCCCUAGAAAAAGUUGCGCGAUGAUUCCGCUAGAUGGCAGCUUUCAAGCUUGAAUAAUAACGUUCUAAAUAUGUGUACAGGAAUGUUAAAAAUACAUAUAAUUUUAUAGUUAUAAAAACUCAAUAGAAAUUCAAUGAUUACUUACAUCAUUUUUGUCUUACCGUGUAGUAGUACAUUGUGCAACUAGGGGGGCAAGGGGAAUAUUGUACGAGAGUCUAUUAUAUUCACGACAGCCGUAAGAUGGAGUGAAUUAAUUACUUGAGUAACAAUAUUCUUACUCCCGGAGUUACACACAAUGUUUUCAUCCCUAGAGAGUUAUAGCCUUUUUUUUUUCACAAUCCAUAACAUCUGCGGGAACAAUAUAGGCCUUUGUCCUUCAGUACAUCUGCAUGAAAUAAGGUAUUUUUCGAGCAAGUGUGAUGAAAAUGCAUGUAAAACUAAAUAGACGGAUCAUUCUGUUUUUAAAUCUACCCAGUGUUCUAUAUUCGAGCCUCUUUUUGAACAAUUUGACUACCUUUAGGUUUUAAGUUAGACUUUAAUUGCCUUGUAGAUGUAGCUUUUAAUGUUAAUUGUAAGCAAUGUGCAGUCUUCAGUUUUCAAUUUGGAAUUUCAAAGAUCUUCCCAUUGCAUAUUUGAUUAGAUUCUGUGAAUCGUCAGUUAUUACAGUUUUUGUGAUAAUUCUUUAUUGUAAGAAAAUGUGUCGAAAGUUGGAUGGUGAUUAAAAAAAGAAAUGUAAUAAGA